AGGUUGUGCAUAGACUUCUUUGUUGUGUGAAGCUAUGAAAGUGUCAUAUUUUCAAAUAGGUGUUAUGUUUCAGAGAAACUUCAUUACCUAUGAGCAGCAGCUCUAAUAGGAACAAGUCAAGGAAGAAAAAACACCAUCCUCCUUUAGCUAUUACAAGUGUCUUACACUUGAAAGCAUCCUUCAUUCCUCCUGAAGCUGUUCAAAAUAAGCUUUCUGCAGUUUCUGGGGUGCCAAAGAAAUUUCAAUCUUCAAACAAGAAUUUGACUACUGGUUCCAAGGUUAGGCCUUGUGGUACAGACGAAGACAUGUAUCAGCAGCCCAUGCCUGGACCUUAUUCAGGAGGAUAUCACACCACCCCUCAGCCACAGUCAUAUCAAGGACCUGUCCAAAAUGCUGAAGCACAUUUCUAUCAAGAGAUUGGGGCUGCUCCCUCCAUGGGCAUGCAUCCUCAGGUGGCUGACAUCAUCCGCAAUUACCCCCAACCUCCAGUUCCCCUUCCUUCAGCCCAUCCUCUUGUUUAUGGCCCACCCCAAAAUCAGAAAACUCCUGUAUCCAACCCUCAUCAGAGCAGCCUUGAUCCUGACAACCCUGGUAACUACUAUCCACCAGUCAAUGAUUCAGAUUUCACUGCUGAAGAUGUUAUGGUAGAUGAUGUUCGGAAGAAUGAUCGAGGUGAAUAUGAAAUUCAGCCAAAACCACGACCUACUCAUGCCCCAGAAAGUAGUGAAACUCAGUCAUCAGAUGCUAACCAAGCUCAGCCAACUUCAGUCCACCCCCUUGCACAUCUGCAAGGGAAUCCAAAUGAUCGCAAUUCAGGGUUGAGCCUUCUUGACCAGUACUGGAAGUUUGUGCAAGAGAAUCCACAUGAUUUCAAUGGCUGGUCAUAUCUUCUGAAUCAUGUGGAGUCCCUGGAUAACCUAGAUGCAUCCAGGGGAGUAUACAAUGCCUUCCUGCCACUCUAUCCCUACUGUUAUGCAUACUGGAAAAGAUACAGUGAUCUGGAAAAGAAGUAUGGCUAUCUGGAAAGGGCCCUCUGCAUUCUGGAAAGAGGUUUGGAAGCCAUUCCACUUUCUGUUGAUUUGUGGAUUGUAUACCUCAAUUUGUACUGGGAGAUACAUCGACAGUUCCCAGAUGGGGAAGGGCGGAUGCGAAGGCAGUGCGAGAGAGCUCUGGUGACUGCAGGGUUAGAGUUCAGGUCAGAUCCACUGUGGGAGGCAUAUAUUGGCUGGGAAAAGGAUAAUGGGAGACUCAGGCAUGCCUCUGCUAUCUAUCGCAGAGUGAUUGCAACUCCUACAAAACUCUUCAAUAAACAUUGGGACAGUUUUGUGGAACAUGUGAGAGAGCAUGAUCCAAAGGAUAUUCUUUUCCCUGAGGAAUAUGAACAAUUGAAGAAGGAGACUUGCAAAGAAUUAGGAAUCCCAUAUGAAGAAGAGCCACCUGUGAUUGAGAGGAAUCCAAAAACUGUCACUCAGCCUGAAGAGCGAAUCCCUGCUCUCAUUAAAGAGAAAGUGGUUGCCCAGGCUCUCAAGAUCCAUGAAGACAAUGAAGCUGAGGUGGAGAAGAGAUGGAAGUUUGAGGAUAAGAUCAAACGUCCAUACUUCCACAUCAAAGCACUGGACAUAAAGCAGCUGAAGGCAUGGAGAGAUUAUCUUGAGUUUGAGAUGGAACAGGGGAACCAUAAACGUGUAGUCAUUCUAUUUGAAAGAUGCUUGAUUGCCUGUGCCCACUAUGAGGAGUUCUGGUGCCGAUAUGCUCGUUACAUGGAGCUCUAUGCUGAAAAAAAGGCCAAGGGCCUGGUGAAAGAUGAUGAAGACCUGUGGAUCUCUUCUAAGGAGCAUGAAAAGCUUCGUGCAGAGUCAGAGGAGAAUGUGAAACAGAUCAUGUCCAGAGCUCGAGAUCUUCUUAAUAAUGUUCAAGGGGAUGCAACUGAUCCUAUUGUCCAUGAUGAUGCAGGCAACCAGAGUAAAGUGCUUCAAGAACUCUCUUCAAGAGAGCUGCCUGAGGCAAAGAUAGAUGGCAUAUCAUCAGGAUUAUCUGCACUAUCCAAAACACCUCUGGAAGCAAUACGAGAGGUUUAUAGGCGAGCUUGCAUUGUCCACUGCCCUAAGAAGCCCAUGGUUCGACUGCAAUGGGCUGCAUUUGAGGAGGAGCAGGGACAGGUGGACUUCGCUCGCCAGCUGAUUCGGCAAGUGAGGGAAGCUUACCCUGAGCUGGUCCAUGGAAAGAUGGCCUUGGUUGACCUGGAACGGAGACAGAAUAAUUUGGAGACAGUAGAGGAAAUUUUUAAGAGUGCCAUCGAGGACACAUCCAACAAGAUUCUGAAGUCCUGGUUCUCUAUCAAACAUGCUCGAUUCUGUUUCAAGAUCCUUGGGCAACCUGAUCGUGCUCUUGCCAUCUUGAGGACUGCAUUGAAGAAGGAUCGCUCCAACUUCCGUCUCUAUCAACAUGUACUUGAUGUGUGUUACCAGCGAUACCCUGUUGAUGUCAAGGGUUUCUGUGCUGCUGUUGAUCUAGCACUGCUUAGCAAGGAUCUUGCUGUCCAUCACAAAGUUCAAUUUGCUAAGAGAAAGGUGGACUUCUUGGAGGAAUUUGGGAAUCUCCAACAGCAGAGGAAAGCUCAGGAUGAGUUCCAGUCCUGGUGUAAACAGUGCCCAAUGGACAUGUUGUCCCUUACAGCCAAACCAAUCCUUAAAAAUAGAGGUAUUCAGGUGUGCUUGUCAUCUCCUGAGAAAGAAAAGAGCAGGGAGAAAUCUGAGGAAAAAACAGAAGACAAGACAGAUGAAAAAUUGGAGAAGAAAAAGGCUGAAGAUUAUAGGAAUGUUCCCCCAGCUUGGAAUGUGGACUCAUCUUAUGGAUACUCUACAAAAGAGCCUGAUGUGGUCUACCAGGAGAAACACCAUUAUGCUGAGUAUCAGGAAACAGAGAGUAGAGGGUAUGGAAUGGACAACCUUGACAAGAUCUCUGAUGAUGAUGACAUUCUGGAUUCUCCAAGAUCCAGCAAGAGGAAACGAAAAAAGCGAAAGCAUUGGGAGGAGGAGGCACAGAGUCAUGUCCGCACUGAUGAUGGAGAAGUAUUUCCCAAAUAUGUUGCCCCACCAAAAGUGCCAUCAUUACGGGCAAUGUCACCAGAUCAUGAGAAGGAGAAGCGAGAGCCUAUUCCCAUGGAUCCCAUGGGAAUGAUGGCUCCUGAUCCCACUGCAUCACCUUGCCUCAAUGUGCCUGAUUGGUUUGUGCAAGAUGGGGGAGAAUUGGUCAUCAGUGAAACAGCAACUGGAACUUCGAUCUUGAGAUACUGGCCAAGAUUCAUGACAGAUAAAGGCAGCAAUAAAAUGUUUCGAAGUUUACGCCGUAUUGUCCGUUGGCAUCAAAAGAAAGUUUUGGUAGGAGGACAGUGGAAGCCUCAGCCACGACUGGUGGCAUGGUUUGGUCCAUGUGACUACAGCUAUUCUGGAUUGGUUAUGGAGAAGAAUGACAACUGGCCUCCUGAGCUUUUGGAUAUCUUGCACAGGCUGAUUGGCUUCACAGCACAUGAAUACAACUCCUGUUUCCUCAACUUAUACCGUUCUGGUCAUGACUCCAUUGCUUGGCAUUGUGAUGACCAUAGGGCUCUUGGGAAGAACCCUCCAAUCGCCACUGUGUCCCUUGGGGCAGUACGUGUAAUGGAGAUGAUCAAGAAGCGAGGACGAACCAAUAUGAUCCGCUUUCCACUCUUCCCUGGCAGUCUUCUUCUCAUGGAGGGUGCCACUCAGGAGGACUGGCUUCAUCAGAUCCCCAAAGAUCCUAAGUCAAGGGAAGAGCGAAUCAGUCUGGUUUUCCGCAUCAUGUAUGCAAUGGAGGAUCAUGAUAAGGAGAGAGAUGAAGAUGUACGACCUGGCAGCACAUCCCCCAUUUCGCCACCAUCACCAGCAACUCCAAAUCAUUCGGAGAAUGUGAGCAGACCCCCACCACCAUUGCAGCAGUUGCCUCCUACAACUGGCCCUGGAUUCCCACAAUACCCUCCAAGUCAACUUCCACCUGCACCGGGACCAGGAGGACCUUAUAAUCCCGGACCGCCACCUUUUCCACCAUUCAGACAAGGUCCAUGUCCUGUCAUCGUUCCAGGUCCACCUCAUCCCCCUACUUUUCCAAGACCUGAUUUCCGGCCAAAUGUCGACAUGGGGCAUCCACCUCCUCCUCGCCCAGGUCCUCAAUUGUUGGGACCACCUCCAUUUAGACCAUAUGGACCACCUGGUCAACCAUCAAUGCCUCCUCCUAGAGGACACCCUCCACUAUCAGGACCAGGACUAGGACGCCUGGGACCUGGAGAGGUGAUGGACCACCCACCAGGUGUAUCACCUAGCCAUCGACCACUAUACUCUAAUGUACCCCAGGCACAAGCAGGACCUUCUCCAGAGCGACGAUUCUCUGGGCCUGGACCUGGAUCAGACAUCCCAUCUCUGAUGGACAUGGGGAGAGGAGGAGGAACUCACCUGCCUCUUCAUGAUGCUGGUGGUCUUGGGAGGAGACCACAGUUGGAACCCAAUAUGGGUGGUAUGAGACCCAUGAAUCCUGGGCAACCAAGGGGGGUAAUUGAAAGACCACCCAUGAGGCGAUUGGACCUUGGCCCAAUGGUACCAGCAAAUCCAGGUCCAGGUCCACAUGGUAUGAGGCCUGAACACAUCCAUAAUCGUCCCCCUCUUCUGGGAAUACCUCCAUCAAGGGGACCCUUGAUCCCUUGAACUCUGCCAUUUGUCACAAUCUUUUUGACUGAGGUGUUUAAUCAGUGAUGGAGAGUUAGUUUGUACUGAGAGAUCUUCAUGUAUUCGAAACAUAAUGCUGCUACUGUAUGUUAUGGGCAUUGCAGGAUUUGUUCAAAUUGCUUUGAGCAGAAAGGCUCUUGGAAUGGCAGGUGAUUUGAGAGAUCCUGUUUUGUUUUGCUGCUUUAUUGUUCAUCUGACGGUUGAAAAAUAAAAGAAAUGCACGAGAAUCUGUGGAGAGCUGUUACUCGUGCAUUUGAUCUA